GGUGCAAACAGCUAUGGACAACUUGGUCUUGGUCAUAAAGAGGAUGUGCUGGUGCCUCAGGCACUGAAACAUGUUUCCUGCAAAUGUCAAGACAUUAAAAGCAUUACUGGAGGAGGGGGACAUUCUGCAGUUAUCACUGGCAUGGGAGAACUCUUUGUAUGUGGCCAUAACAAAGAGGGGCAGUUGGGAUUGAAUCACACAGAGGAUGUACUGCAUUUUACUUUGUGCACAGCCCUGUCUGGCUUUUGCGUAAAACAAGUUGCCUGCGGCUGGGAUUUUACAAUCAUAUUAGUAGGUUCUGGCCUAGUUCUGUCCUGUGGGUCUAACUCUUUCGGACAAUUAGGAGUUCCUCAAAUAUCAGGUCCGUGCUUGAUUCCACAAAAGAUUGAGUCUCUCAAAGAGAAGGUGGUGGAUGUUGCUGCAGGACUGAGACAUGCCCUUGCUGCUACAGAGAGCGGUUUGGUGUUUCAGUGGGGAACUGGCAUGGCAUCACGGGCAAGGCGUGCAGUCCAAGGAAAGACCCUCCCCCUGUUCUUGACAGCAAAGGAGCCUUGUGAGGUAACAGGUCUGGAAGACGUAAAGGUGAAGAGGGUUGCUGCAAGCUCCUAUCAUUCAGUGUCACUCACAGAUGGAGGACACCUCUAUGUCUGGGGCAGCAACAAACACGGGCAGCUAGUGAGCAAAGAGAUCUUUCUUGCUAAGCCCAAGAAGAUUGAGACUCAGUUUUUCUUGCACGAGAAGAUUGGAGCAGUCUGGAGUGGCUGGACCCACUUGGUGGCACAAACAGAAACUGGCAAGGUGUUCACCUGGGGCAGAGCGGACUAUGGGCAGCUUGGAAGGCACACUGCAGUUCCUGAUGGGCAGGAGGCGUGCACAGCACCGGAACAACGCUUGGAGAUGUUGUGUAACAUCCCUAUUUCAGUGCCUUGCCUAAAUGGAGCAUCUCAG